AUGGACGCAGAUGUCCAGCCCUCAAGACCAGAGGGGCUCCAGAGUCUCGACCAGACGCUGUUAAAAGUGGCGCUUGCUUUAGAUUCCGUUCUGGGGGUGGCGUUUCUCGGCACAUUUCUUGUCCUUCUAUACCUUCGCCGAUGGCGGAAAUACGACCUUGAAGAGCCAUCAAAAUGGGCUAUUAUCGGUUGCUUGGGAUCGAUGUCACUAUUCGAGAUAUUUCGUUGCUCCGCCAAUGGUCUUCGAAUGGAGCAUCCUGAGCCGUCCCACGCGCUCAAAACAUACUACACAGCUGCGGGGAUAGUAUCGACAUUCGCGCUGCAUCUCACCAACUGCCUUCUCUUUUACAUUAUCUACCAAAUUACGCACCUUCUUCUCAGAGGAUCUUGGAGUGGUGAAUACUUCAUCCCUGGUGACUCGCCCGUCAUUGGCCCCUGGAACCUCUCCGUGGAAGACCUAAUGGACGGCAUUACGCAGAUUAUCUGCUGGGCAGCGUCCCUUGAAAUCCUAGUCUUGAAUGUAUUCAUGACCAUCAAGACUACCGGCCCGCGUCGCACAUUAAGAGAACCGAUAAUCCUGUCAUUAGUGACCAUCACGUUAUUCUUCGGACUCAACAUGAUGAAAGCAGUGACAGAUAUCAUAUGGGACUUCAGGUUAGACCAUACAUCCAUCACCACUCGGUGCGCGAUGGUCGUCGUCCGAUCGGUCUUUUUCAUCUGCAUUUAUGCCGCGAUCAUUCCCCUUUCACUGAAAUGGGGUCUUCGCCGGCAUUAUGAGCACGACCGACAACCCGAGGACUGGAGCAAUUACCUGUCCCCAACUCGGAAGCCAGAGGAGAAGCAAGUGCCUGAAAGCGCAGACGCAGACACGCUGACAGAAUGGGGGUUCAGUUGGCUGGCGGAUGUGGAAAUGGACAGUUCAAAAAGCAUCCUCACUCCAAAUUUACCGCCAACUCCAAACUCUAGUACUUUUCAUCCAGUCAUAGAGUGGCUCAAUGCCAUCAACUUGAAGCUACCGCUCAAAGACGAGAAUUCUCACCGCCAGCUAUUGGGUCACGAGGAAGCCUGGGUGAUAAAACUCACCACAAAACACUCAUACUUUGAGCAAAUUGAAGCUGACUGUUGA